CGCACACAAACGUCGCGUUCGCGUUCGUUCGUUCGUCGUCGUCGUCGUUUUCCUUCGCCACCUUCUUCAGUGCGUGUGAAUCUGGAUGUGCGUCGAUCUUCAUUCCCGAAAAAGAAGGAAAAGUCGGACAUUGUUUUAUAAUUUGGAGUUUUUAUUGGAAAGAUAAGGAAUUUAGCUCCGUUUUUAGGGAAAAUAUAGGCAAGUGUUAUUGUGCAAGGCAUUGUGAAUUGAGGUGAAAAGUUUGGUAGACGCAACGCAAUGGAUGGCCGACGAAAGUGAUUGAUUGAUUGUUGCCUCGGGGGAAAAAGGAUUUUUCAUUGGGCAAGGCUCGCAUCCGAGCGGAGCAACAUGCCAUUGAGUCCGGACUGGGAGGAUUCCCAGCAGGCUGGUUGCAGCAGCAGUAGUUUCAGGAGAAAACCUGUACCGAGUCGGUUUACCGGUUCGAACGAUUCGGCCCGGUGCGAAAACGUCCUGCUCAAGGUGCUCAAUCGUGAACACUGCGGGUACUUUAGCACUGGGCUGAACAAACGAUCGCAUCGGGAAGCGUUCCGGGAAGUUCCCGCACAUCUGAGCUUCUGCUUGAAGGAGAUCGUUCCCUACUGCUAUCUGAAGGGGCACGUAUUCAUGGGCCUAUCUGCAUGUGGCCAGUUCCUGCUCAGCUAUAAAGCUUCCUACGACUACGAAGAGGUUAUCACAAAUGAGUACAACUUUUCGUCCAACUAUAAAUAUGAGUUGUACUUCUGGAUCUACCGACCGCACUUCCUGCUGAGCAAGUACUUCCAGGUGUGUCUCUUCGAUGAUCAUGGUGUCGAUGAUAUCAAAACCGUAUCCAUUACGCAGUGGAAAACGGAUCAGCGGUUGUUGAUUGUCCACGGGGCCAGCGAGAAAGAGGAUAUGGAUUCCUACGUGACCGUUGUGCGGGUGCCGAAGUUGGGUUGCAUGGACUGUAAACAGAUGAGGACGGCAGACGAGGAAGAUGGUGGUGGCCAGGGUUCGCUUUGUAUCAACUGCAACAUGACGAUCCAUACCAAGUACCGGAACUCGGAUUCGGGGCCUAAGUUUAACCCGAAGUACAAUCUGAACUGUCCUGGGUACAUCAUCAUGAGCGAAAACAGCUUCAUUCACACCAUUAACAUUCGGCUGGACACGAGUCGUUGUCCUCGGAAGGUGCUAUCCGGUGUCAUUAGUAGCAAGUAUAUUUCCAAAUAUCCACGCAUGAGUCCGGAAAUAGAGCUGAAGCCGAUGAAUCUCGUCGAGGAAAAAAUCUUUGUCUCUAAGUCAGAACCUCUCAAACCUUCCACUAGUGACAUUUUUCCUGCGCCAAAUCUUCCUGCCCCUUCGCAAUCCCUGAGCAUAGCCGAUCAAAUUAUUGCCGACUUUGCCGAGUAUGAGACUGAAACCUUCGAAUCAAAGUGUUCCCAACCCAUGUAUUCCUCGCUAGGCCAUAAUCGUACCACCAGUAGGUUGUCCUCCAGUUCGUCUUCUUCCUCGAGAUCUCAUUCGACUGCGGUUGCCCAAUGUCCAGAGAACUUUGACGAGCUGGUCAUCACCUGUGAUCCUCGGGGCCCACCAGCUACCCCGCGGAGUUCCAUGAUAACCCGGGGAGCAGCCGCCCGCCUCUCGGAAGCCCUCUCGCCGACUUCCAACAUCCGACUGAUGAACCAUAGCAACAAUACAAACAUAGAGCUAAGACUUACGCCGGAUGUCCACAAAUCCUAUGUAACUCGGGUGGAGCUUUCGGCGGGUUCUUCCAGUGGACCAUACUCUUUACUAUGUGGUGCUUCCCAACGUUCGAGUGCUGCCAAUUCAACUAAGACUCAAUCUCCGCUCGAAUCGAGCGGAACUCCAUCAUGUUCCUCAUCGUCCACCCCGAAUGGACGGACACCGCUACGAAGACGAUCGUAUCUCUCUAUUGGAAGCAGAUCGGCUGAUCCGAAUGUUCCUAGCCAAACCGAUGGCCCUAACGACGUAGCUUCCAAGGCCUACGAAUUCUCCGAAGACAACGAACGAUGCGAAAAGAUCAGCAUUUUCCGAAAGCGACGCCUAGCCGACAAGAAGUACGAAUUUUCCGAGGAUAGUAGCCAUGGGGACAAUGUUAUUGUCCCGUUCAACCGACUCCGGAACCAAAUCCGGACCAGGUCCACUAGUCAAGCCCUGAUCUGCAGUCCUUCGCAUCCUGGAUAUGAAAUGACUACCCAUCUCCAUCGAGCAUCCCCGAACCAUGGCUUUCGGUCACCUUGUGGAUCUCCCGUGGGUAACCGUUACCUUCGAUCCCCACCAGGGAUUCGCUCUCCAAAUUACUAUCGUCACCAUUCUCCAGUUGGGACACCUCGCACCACCCAGACUCCUCAAACCGCAGCACAACUCAUCAAGAUGGCCAACUUUGAUCCGAAGGAUUACAUCUACCCUGGUGGAGGCGGGGCCGCCACCGUCGCCGAGGACAUCCCCAAAUUCUUCAUCGAUGCCAUCCAGAAGUUCAACGAGAAGAAACUUCAAGCGGACGACGAGGGCAACAACGAGAACUUCAACUCGGACAAUCUUCUUCCGCUGAAGGCGGCGGAUCUGACCGGGUUCGGUUGCAGCAACGGGACGACGGUACAGGAGGCAAAGCCGGAGAAGAAACCCACCUGCACCAAGAAGAUUGUGAAGAUCUUCGUCGAGGAGGACGAUGCCAACUCGGUGCUGACCACGGAAGAGGAUGACUGCAUCUCGCCCGGUUACCACGCGUCGCUCCCGAUGGAGGUGCACGGAUCGUGCUACGCCAACAUGCAGAUCGUUUCGCCAAGCUCGUACCAGAAGCUAAACUGCCCGGCGGUGGUUGUGACGCAGAAUUCCUUCGACAUGGAGGCGUUUUCGUUCCACGUGGCCAACCACAUCUGCGCCAAGCACGACAAGAAGUACGGCAUCCUGUUCGACUCGGCGUACGAGCUGACGCAUGUCUGCCCGCUGACGGAGACUAUCACCUGCACGAUGGUGCUGCAGUUCACGGCCAGCGACGCCAGCAAGGUCAAACAGUGCCACAACUGUUCCACCACCAUUGACUGUCGGACCCAUCGGAAGAUCUACCAGUGCCGGUCGUUGUUCACGUGGAACAUCACCAGCGGCGAGUGGACCGUGCUGGAUUACGGCUCACUCGAAUCGGGACCCUACCUAGAGGUGAAGAAACUGGCCAGCAACUACAACCGGCUGUUGGGGAAGCUGCGCAAGUUCACCCGGAAGUUGUUCCACCCGGAUUCGGACGAGCUGGAUAGUAACCGGACGUACGAGUAUCUCGGCCAUCUGCGGGUGCUGGAUUCCAACAACGAGAAAACCAAACAGCGGCUGGUAGAUCCGUUGCACCUGAUUGAGUUCUUUCGGAAGCAGCCGCAUGACACCGGCGGGGACUCGGACGAUAGCGACGACGAUGACGAAUCCAUGGCCAGUUCGCUGGGGUCGUCCGGCCACGAGGAAGAAGAGGAGGAGGAAGAGGACAAUACGGGGACGGUGUUGGAGGGGGACGCCCUCACCUCGGAGGACACGGUUAGUGAUGAAGAUGAUAUUUAAUUUUAGCUAGGAAUGAAACGUGAUUUGUAAAUUCAUUCAUUUUAAUUGAUCGAACUGAUAAUCCCUGGGCUUGGUUUAUAUCUUCCAGGAAGCAUUGAUUUUCGUCAUAUGACCAUUGUGCUUUGCAGUGUUGAUUGGUUGAACUGAAUGUAGAUUCAAUGGUAAAUUUUAAAAUCAGAUAAUUCAAUCCUCUGAUAUAGUGAUUCCAAUUAUACUACGGCAUAGUGUAACGGUAUGUUGUCGAAAUCACUUAUGUACCGGGAAAAUAUAAUUCCAAGUUGGUGAGAAUAUUACCACUGAGGAGGGUUAUGAGCCCAGUCAGACCCUUGAUGGGACAAUAAUGUGGGAUAGUAUAUGGGAAUACCAUUGAAGGUGGUAAUAAUCUCCGAGGCUUAUGAAAUCCGACAGGGCGCGUGCAUUAGGCUGCGGAUCUAUGCUAAGGGAGAUCAGUAGCAUCUGUUUGUUAUUAGUAGAACAAAAUGCCGUUCUAUGAAAACGCAGUGUGAGUGAUCUCCUAUGGUGCUGUAGUACUAUAAAUGAUCUCAUUCUCUGUGAAUUCUAACUUUGGCUAUCUAGUCAGUAAAUAGUAAAAUUAUUAAGAUAGCUUAAGAGCUAAACCUUAAAAGCAUACAUUUUCUAAAUAUGACAAGGUUUUGAAGACAAACAUGAGAUGAGUAUCAGAUUUUAAUCUUUUAAUGAGUCAUUAGCAUAAUCGUAUGUGAGACAUAGGGGCAUGUCGAGCAAUUGAUUCAGUACUACAAAUCCACGCGGACAAUUUCAUUACAAACUAUUGGUUUUCGUCAGUCUUAUGACGGAAAGGCUCAGCUAUGCUGCAAAUCCAUAUAUUAGAGUCCGUUCAUAAACAUAUAGACCGAACCAUCAUAAAAUUUUGUCCAUGCAAAACCAAAAUUGCAUGAAGUUACAACUUUGCCUCUCCUCAUGAAGUAUAUGUGAUUUAUGAACGAACUCCUAGUUGAAUCAAAUUAUUGGAUUUUUAUUUCUGGGGCACCCAUUGGGUAUAUCACUUCAAUAAUACAAAUACCGCUAACUCUUCUGUAGUUCUCUGUAGUUAUACUAUCCAUUUGAAGAUGUAUAGUAAAUAGUAGUAGUUCAUAUAACCAAUAACUAUAUAACUUCCUCAAUCCUCUUUGUAAAAUUUGGUAGAUAGUAUGACAGCAUUGAUUGAAACACGAGAGCUCUUAUAUCAUGUUAUUAUUCGCAUGAUUAAUUAUUUUAUGAACAAUAAUUUUAUUGACGAAUCCGAUUUGAAAUAUUUGAAUAGUAAUUUUUGUUAAGCCAUAUUAAAAUAAUCACUAUCAUUAUCAAUGAAUGCUAUUUACCCAGGAUCUUCGCUACAUUAAAUUUUGAAUUAUAAUCCAGUAAUUACUGGAGGCUUCACUUAUUAACAAAUUUACAACAAACACGCUAUAACAGUAUCUAGAGAAUCGUGGAGGGUGAGAAACCUGAACUAGUAGCAUUAUUCAUAUAGAUUAACAAUUAUACUCUAUUAUUUUCAAUCAUUGCAACAUUAUACUAAUAUUUGCGGGCCGCCCAUUUGCGGAGUUGUGCGGCCAAUUAUUCUCUCUCCAUUCCAGAAACGACCGUUUUGAAGCAAGAAAUGUCCUGAUGGCCAACACAAACGGGACUUGUCACACACAAGAUAAGUACAACAAUUUUAUAAUCAGGCACCCAACUCUUUCUACUACUUUGGUAAUAGAUAAUGCAAUAUGCAUACUUCAAUAUCAAUUAUUUGUUUGUUUGCGCCUUUAUUUAUGACACUAUUGAAGCAUUCGUGUCGCCGCGAAAUAGUUUACAAUUUAUCUUAUUCACAUUUUUCAAUUCACUUUAAAGUAUCUAACACUGCUUUUACAAUUGUGUAUGUAAACUUGUAUCUUAAUUAUGUUCAUUAUUAAUAGUAGACUGAUAAUCCAAGUUUAGUGAUUUUUUUGUCCAAGGAAUAGAAAGAGUUGGUGUCAUAAUCAAUACAAUACUUGAAACUGGAAACUCCUUAUUUCCCCCUAUGGGUUAUAGGGAGGGGCGGGACAUUCGAGCCUACUCAUCAGUGGAAAGGACUUGAUAUGCUAAUCGGUUUAGCAUAGGGCAGAUACAAGUCUACUGGUAGACGUAUCGCCCAGCGAAACAACGCAGAUUGGCCACGGCCCGGGGGUGCGUUGAUUAUAACAGAAUAACAGAACAGAAUUUUAAUUGAUCGAACUGAUAAUGGCAACAUCGUGAUAUUCAUGUGUUUGAGAGAGUUUGUAUUUUCCUAAUACUUUCUACCUGUUAUCAAGCGAAAGUACUUUCAAAUGUGUGUCUCUCUUUUUCUUCACUCUUUUAUCUUUACGGCCGUUGAUCGGAGCAAUCUUUUUAGCAUGUAGUCGUUUUAGGAACUCGUCUAUAUUUGGGAGGGUAUAGAUUCAAAGGGGCAUGUUGUCAAUCGAUUGAGCGAUUGUGCUAUAAAUUAUUGGCUGUUUUCAUUCUUGAAUCCAGAAAAAAGUCGUAUUUAUUGAGAGUCCCAAUUAACCAUUUUCCAUUAGAGUGUUAAGAUAACGUUCGAUCAAAUAUAAUAACGAAAAGCAGGAUUUGCGACGAUAAGAUAAAAUUUUCACUCCUCGCAUGGAUCAUACCGUCUACCGUUUGCGAUAUUGUUUGCGGUUUAGGGACGAAAGUUCGAAGAUAACGUAGGUUGAAUUUCUCCCUUCUUUGGAAAAAAGGUAUUCGACCUUUUGUCCCUCCCGGUUCUACUCUUUAACCUUAUGUCCCUUCGAUAUUUUGUAUUUUGACUUUUGUCAACGAUUCAUUGUUUGUGGAUAAAAAUAAAUGGGUAUGCUCAUGAGAAGCAAUGAGAAAGCAAUUUGAAGGUAACGGAUUUAACUUCUGACUUAAUAGUUUUCUUUUUAUCGAGAUACUUUCUCAAAGGUAGAUAAAAUAGGACAAGUUAUGCAAACAAUAUCUCGCAUACGGAAGACUCGUAAGGCAACAUUGGAUGAAGAGGAGGAACCGAUAUUAGUGAUAAUUGCAAAUGAUAAAUAUUUCCGUAGGCUGCGAGAAGACGAAGACGUGAAACCAGUUCAGAGAACACAAAAUGCUCAUUAGGUCGUUUGAAAUGAAACGGAAUAAGACAAUGCAAUGCAGAUUGAAUUAUGUAUGUCAAUAAGUCUGAGUAACUUAGAGCGCUUUUACCAACUACAUACUACAUAUUAUAACUGUGUAAAAUCGUAAAGCACAUCGAACAGCAUAAGAGUUCCAGUAAGGGUGGUAAAUCUCCUGAAAUUCAUCCCUACAAUUCGGAAGACUAUCUUCCAUUAUACAGUAAUAGAGUAUGUUUCGUGGUUCAUAAUAAAGUUUAAAAUUCAAAACUUAAUAAA